AUGGAGGGGUUACUGCAUUACAUAAACCCAGCACAUGCCAUUUCUCUCCUGAGUGCCCUCAACGAGGAGCGCCUCAAAGGGCAGCUCUGUGAUGUGCUUCUGAUCGUGGGAGACCAGAAGUUCCGAGCCCAUAAGAAUGUCUUGGCAGCCAGCAGCGAAUACUUCCAGAGUUUAUUCAAUAGUAAGGAGAACGAGGCACAGAGUGUCUUCCAGCUGGACUUUUGUGAGCCAGAUGCUUUUGCCAAUGUCUUGAACUACAUCUAUUCUUCAUCUCUGUUUGUUGAGAAGAGCAGCCUGGCGGCAGUGCAAGAACUCGGCUAUAGUCUGGGGAUUUCCUUCCUGACCAACAUCGUUUCUAAAACGCCUCAAGCCCCCUUCCUGCCGUGUCCAAGUAGGAAAAGAGUUUUCCUGGAGGAGGAUGAAAGCAGCUCCCAAAAGAGAAGCGUCAUCGUCUGUCAGAGUAGAAAUGAAGCACAAGGGAAAGCCGUGAGUCCAAAGCCCCCCGAAGUAAGCCAUAUUUCCCGGCCCUCGCCCAGCAUCGCCAGCAAGACAAGUACCAGUAAGCCGACAGACCCGCUUCACAGUCUGUCGCUAAGUGAAAGGGGUUGGCCCAGAGAUAGUUCGGGGGUGUAUGCUAAGACUCUUGGGCGCUCUGGCUCUUUGGAUGAUCCUAGCAGAAGCAAUGUGGCACAAAGAAAUGCAGUCUUGCCUUCAAAGCCUCCGCCAGACCGAGAAGCUGCAGAGGAUAAACCAGGUGGGAGUGGUCAGCUCCCCAAAGGAAAAGUCAUCGAGCUGGCUUUGAAAAAAACAUGGCCACCUGUUUUGUCCCUGUGUGGCUCAUCGGAGGCUCCUUACCUCUUGAAAGAGAUGAGCCCAGGAGGGGGUCGCGGCGAGGACAGAAGCUUGCUGUACUACUCCAAAAUGGGGCUCGUGGUCCCGUCCAGGGAGCCUGGUUCUGGCAACCAGAGCAUUGACCGAUGUGGCCCUCUCGUCAAGAGUUUCCUCAGAAUGUCGCUGUCAGUUGACAGCCAGGUUCCUAUGUAUUCACCCUCCACAGAUUUGAAGUCUUCCCAGGGGUUAUCUGCCCUGGGUCGUGACGCAACGGGGAAUGUGCUUUGUGCUUUAGUUCAGAAGCCCGCUUUCAAAGAGGGCGUUGUGAAAGCAGCCCUGGAUGGCCGGACUCCAGUCCUAUCGCCACACCGCCUUAGGUCUUUCAGUGCUUCUCAGUCCACCGACAGGGAGGCCGCCUCACCCAUCAUGGAGGUUCGCAUCAAGGCGGAGCCCAGCAGCCCCCUCUCAGACCCUUCCAACAUCAUCAGAGUCACCGUGGGGGAUGCAGCAGCGUCCUCCCUAGCAGCGUCCUCCCUGUCAGCAGUCACAAGAGACUUUUCCCUGAAAACAGAGGACGACCUGAAGGAAAUGAGCAGGCUCCCAGCCAAGAAGAGGUUCCAGGCUGACAGAAGACUGCCGUUCAAGAAGCUAAAGGUAAAUGAGCACGGAUCUCCUGUGUCGGAAGAUAACUGUGGGGAAGGCUCGAGCCCUCCUCUCCUCGAGACAGACCUUCCACAUUCUGACAUGAAUAAAGAUGCAUUUGGUGAGUUGGAGGGAACGAAACCCAACAAAAUGUUCAAAUGCAAACAUUGCCUUAAGAUCUUUAGGUCAACAGCAGGCCUUCACUGCCACGUUAACAUAUACCAUAACCCCGAAAAGCCCUAUGCUUGUGACAUCUGUCACAAGAGAUUUCACACAAACUUUAAAGUGUGGACACACUGUCAGGCAAAACAUGGCAUGUGAUAAACUCAUUCCCACCCUUCGGUCACAUGCUGUUUUAGAUGAAGAAGUCAACCACAUGACCACAGGA